AUGAAUAGGGAAGCUACACUUAUUGUAUCAAAAAAACCAAUAUCUGAUAGCAAUAUAAGUGAUUACGUUUAAUCCUGGCAGUUGAAAAAGAAUUUACCCUAUCAGUUACCUUAUUGCUUGACAUAAAAAUUCACAAUAAAGAACUUCAAGCUUAUUGGAAUUAAAAAUUAAAGAGAAAUUACUGAGAUCUUAGAUUUUGACUAUAUCUUGUAUGAGGAAUUCCAAGAGAUGUUCAUAAGUAAGGAUACUAAAAAAUUGUUCGUAAAGUUUUAAAACUCUAGAUGCUUGCUGUAUUAGUUUUAAAAAGAAAGCAACUCUUCCAACAGGGUUAAACUUGAAUUUAUCAGAAAUAUUCAUGAUUUUCCUUCAGAAUUCAUUGAUGAUCAAAUUUUCAAUGAUUUACCACAUUUUUUUUCUCCAAACUUUUUAAGAUAUGUCACACUGGACUCUUCUAAGACUUAGUUUCUCAUUAAAGAUUUUGAUACUGGACUUGUGCUUUAUCAGAUACCUCAAGAUCUAAUGAGGGUAGAGAGUGGUUAAAAUUUACUUUUUAUAAUUUACAGGUUUAUAUUCAUUGAUGAUGAAACUUUUAAAAUUGUUAGUGAAGAUGGCAUUGAAAAAUUGGUUCACAUUGAUAAUGGAUUCUAAUAACUUGGGUUUAAUUAUAUUCCAUUUUUCAAUGAAAUCGAUGAGAUGGAUUAUAAAAUUGCCCCUUACUACCUAUUCCAGCCUAGCUAUUUUGAUACAAUUUACUUGAUUAAAUAAUCAUAUCAGAAUUAUAAAUCCUUAUACUUAUUAGAAGGCAAGUAAAAAUUGAAUCAAAUCGUUCCACACAUGUUUAAAUUAGAAAAUUCUGGAGAUAGUAGCAUUACUUCCUUCUCCUUUGCUCAUUGGAGUUUGAUAGAAUACAUGAAGAAUUAAUGA